ACUCGAGGACUAAAAAAGCACAAGACUAACCAAAUAAUAUGGAAGACCAAAGAUGAAAUUCAUUUUUCCAUUACUAAAACCCUUGCUAGUCCUUGUAAUCACCUUUGGUUUCACCAUUUUCGUUGUGCUACUCUCUCAGCCAACAACAACAAACCCAUCUUCCACUAAAUCCAAUCCCAUGGCUUCUAGAAGUUUUAUUGUUUGGCUACAUGGGUUGGGUGAUUCUGGCCCAGCUAAUGAACCAAUAAAGACAUUGUUCACUUCUCCUCAAUUCAAGAACACAAAAUGGUCUUUCCCUUCUGCUCCUUCUAACCCAGUUACCUGCAACCAUGGUGCUGUUAUGCCAUCGUGGUUUGACAUUCAUGAAAUACCAGUGACUGCUAGUUCGCCAAACGAUGAGAGUGGUCUGCUCAAAGCGGUUAAGAAUGUUCAUGCAAUGAUUGAUAAAGAGAUCGAUGCUGGCACUAAUCCUAAUAAUGUUUUCAUAUGUGGAUUUAGUCAAGGAGGUGCGUUAACAUUAGCAAGUGUUCUUCUGUACCCAAAAACUCUAGGAGGAGGUGCCGUAUUUAGCGGAUGGGUCCCCUUUAAUUCUUCUAUAUUAGAGAAACAAACUCCUGAAGCUAAAAAGACUCCUAUUUUGUGGUCUCAUGGUAUCGCUGAUAGGACAGUACUGUUUGAAGCCGGACAAGCAGGACCACCUUUCCUGGAGCGAGCUGGUAUGACUUGCGAAUUCAAGGCUUACCCUGGUCUUGCUCAUUCGAUAAACAACGAGGAGUUGAAGAACUUGGAAUCGUGGAUCAAGACUCGUCUUCAAAGCAAUUCUUAAAGGUCCACAUGAUAUUCGAUUUUCAUUUCAUACAAUCAAGCUCUUGAGUUCAAAAAUUGCUGCUUAUUUGCUGCUUGCUUGUUUGUGUGAUGAGCUUGCUUCAUAUUACAAUAUUUAUAGUUGAGUUGGAAUACCUUCUCAUUCACAUAUUAAUUCUUCUACUGUAUUUCUUAACUCAUUUUACAAUUGUAGUUAUGAAAUAUGGGACCAGUAGUUGAACUGUUAAAUUGAAAGAAAAUUGUUGGAUUAUA